AUAUUUCUACAGCAUAAUUAGAAUAUGACAUAUCACCAUUCUUUAUCUUUUUCUUCCUUCAUUAAAUACCUUUACGAUUCAACAACGAAUAUAGGCUGGAGAUAUGGGACAGCAGCAGGAUGAUUAUUUAAAGAACAAGAGCAACAGUCAUCGCCAUAUCAUCGGUAACAAUAAAAGACGCGUUCAUCCAGGAGAUGAGACGCUUGUCAGGCAUUCUGAUCCUGGAAUGGCGACACCAAGAAAAAAAGCGACACAACUGGGAGCACAGCAUCAAAAUGUUGAUACCAGCAAUAAUAGGCAGCGAUUUUUAGGGGGCGGAAGGCUACACCAUCCGUCUACUCUUAGCAGUGCGUCGAUGAUCCAAACCCCAGCUCAUACAACACCUAAAGAUAGCAUUAAGCUGCAUCACCAACAAUACCCAUCCUUCAAAGGAGGACUUCACUACAUCUAUAUGCAUCCCGGUUCUAGUUCAACCACAUUCAAUCAAUACCAAUCCAUGUCCAACGUCAGUAAUUUAGAAAUGCAUCCUCGCAUUCAAUCAAAGGAUGCCAAUUAUUUUUAUAUCUGGAUUGAUGAUCAUUACAAGGAUUUGUCAUUGUCAAAACCCCUGAUUCCGCCCUCAAAAAUGACCAAACGAAACUUUACAAUUUUUAGCAAACGUGGUGCUUGUAAUAUGAUUACUCUUUUGAUUGUCUUUUCAAUGAUUCUGGGGCUUUUUGUAUAUCCAUUUUUCACAUAUUUUUAUACUCAACAACAGCAAUCUCAACAGCAGCAGCAACAAACACAAUAA